CGCGAACGGUAAACGCGGAUCACGAUAUACCGAAAAGACGGCGAGGUUGCGUGGAGGUGCGGAGGAACGAUGAGAACUUCGACGACGACGGCGGCGGCGGCGGCGGUGAUAACGACAGUGGUGGCGACGGCGACGAGGCGCCCCCAACGACGCACCUGAAUCGCUGACAAUUACGACGGCGACGUCGUGAUGCGUCGCACCGUGUCGCUCCAGUACCGCGCAGCAGCAGGCACCUCGCUCCAGUUGUGACGCGACGUGUUCGUGACGUGACGCGACGAAAGCGGGACGGAGAAGACCUUCUUCUUGUCAGUGCGCGAGUGAGACGGAGAGGCAGCGAGGAAGAGAGAGAGAGAGGAACAGAAACACCUCCCGCGACUCCUUUCUGCGUGUAGCGAGUGAAACAGAGACGAGGAUAGUGAGAGAGACAGAGAGAGACAGACGUAGACCGAAAGAGCGGCGCGCGCGAGCGCCAACGAGUGCGCCGGAGUGUGUGUGCGUGUGUGUUGUGUGUACGAGCGUGCACCUUUUCCUCGGGUCGCGUUUCGUUUGACGUGACGUCGCGCGUCGUCGACGUAAGCACGUAAGCACGGCCGAGCGAUUACCGUUCGCCGUUUUCGCUCCCGAACGAGCGAGACAGACGCGGCCGCCCGCGGCCGCGGCGGCACACGUACAUACGCGCGCGGGGAACGCGCGUAGCCUGAGCGUGCGUGCGUGCGUGCGAGCGAGAGAGAGAGAGAGUCCCCGAUCUCCCGUUCUUUUCAUCGCUUCGGCCGUCCAGCGGCGCACGAAGGAACGGCGGCGCACUUGUGUUUACGCUUGAAGCAUUGACCGGCCACCACGGCGACCAUGUACGCCAAGGGAAAAGGGGCGUCGGUGCCGUCGGACUCUCAGGCGAGAGAAAAAUUGGCGCUUUACGUGUAUGAGUACUUGUUACAUGUAGGAGCACAAAAAGCAGCACAAACGUUCCUGUCGGAGAUUCGAUGGGAGAAGAAUAUCACACUGGGAGAGCCACCUGGGUUUUUGCAUUCUUGGUGGUGUGUCUUUUGGGAUUUGUACUGCGCUGCGCCUGAGAGGAGAGAUUCUUGUGAACACAGCAGUGAGGCCAAAGCGUUUCACGACUAUGGAUUCGUGAAUAGUGCUUACAACGUCAAUGGCAUUGCACACAAUGCUGGACCAGCUCCAUCUCCAAUUGGUCAAAUGCCACCAAACGAUGGAAUGCCUGGUGGUCCCAUGCCUCCUGCUUUCUUCCCAUUUAUGGGCCCCAGAUAUCCAGCAGGACCACGACCUGGAGUACGUAUGCCACAAAUGGGAAAUGACUUUAACGGACCACCAGGACAACCAAUGAUGCCAAAUAGUAUGGAUCCUACCAGGCAAGGCGAAGCUGGAGAAUUUGUAGGGUGGCAAGGUCCACCAGGAAUGAACCCAAUGAACCCGAGGAUGAAUCCGCCGCGAGGACCAGGGAUGGGACCGAUGGGUCCUGGAAGUUACGGUCCAGGCAUGAGAGGUCCACCGCCCAAUAGUACUUUGGGUCCAGGUGGACCAGGAGGUCCUGGAAUGCCACCAAUGAGUAUGGCCGCUCCAGGUGGUAGACAACAGUGGCAACCCAACACAUCUACGCCAAUGAAUUAUUCGUCGUCAUCGCCGGGCAACUACGGAGGGCCGCCUGGAUCAACGGGUCCGCCAGGACCUGGUACACCUAUUAUGCCUAGCCCACAGGAUAGCAGCAAUAGCGGAGGAGAAAAUAUGUAUACCAUGAUGAAGCCUGUACCUGGGGGAAAUAUGCCGGGUGACUUUCCAAUGAGCGGUGGACCUGAAGGCGGUCCAAUGGGACCCAUGGGUCCUAAUACAAUGGGUCCGGUUCUAAACGGUGAUGGUCUCGACGGAAUGAAAAACAGUCCAGCGAACGGUGGCCCUGGAACACCACGGGAAGAUAGCGGCAGCGGAAUGGGUGAUUAUAAUCUGGGUGGAUUCGGAGCUCCUGGAGAGAAUGAUCAGACCGAGUCGGCGGCCAUCCUGAAGAUCAAGGAGAGCAUGCAGGAGGAAGCGAAGAGGUUUGAGAAGGACUCAGACCAUCCCGAUUAUUUCAUACAAUAACUCUUCACGAGUCGUUGGACCCCGAGACCAAAUUAACAAUAUAAGAGAUAAACGCAAUCGAUUUCCUUUCUCCCUUUAGUCCGAGAACUAUCUCCAUCCUUCUCCCUCUUUCCCCUUUUUCCCCCCGUCUCUCCACCGUGAAAUCACUCUCCCGCCUCGUACGUUUCCUCUCCCAUUUAUCCCUUUCUCAGAUGAAACCUUUGCUGCACCUCACCAUGUAUAAGAUCUUCCUCUCCUCUCUUCUUUCCGAGCCGUCGAACGGCGUAGAUCGAUCUCCGUGAGGAAGGGCGCAAGAGACCCCUCCUGCACGCAUUGGCGACCCAUCCUUUUUGUCGCGCGCUGCUGCAAGGGAGGACCACACGAUGUCAGGACAGGAGUGACCGAGACAGACAGAGAGAAAGAGAGCAUCGAUUUCCGCGCGACUCUCACAUCGACCGACGUUCUCGCACAGCGAUGUUGUUACAGUAUCGAACAUUGAUAGUUGUUAUCAUGGUAUGGUAUAUGGAGUGGAUACGUCAUUCUGAGCGAACGAGUAAGCUCACUUGAAACCUCCCGCGACGUGCCGCUCUCGCGAGCCAAUCGAACGCGUUAUCGGAUGUUCGUCUAAUUAUCGUUUCUUUCUUUUUUUCUGCAUUUCCUAUACGAGAUGAAUAUUUCUCGAACUUUAACAGCUGAAAAUCGCAUUUACCGUAUUCCGUUAUUCGUUCGCUUAGCGUACGUCCACCCUUAGGCUGCGACCGCGAACAUUGUUCCAGUAUCUUACUUAAUACAUGACGAAAAGAGAGAGAGAGAAAGAGAGAGAGUGUGCGUGUGUGUGAUAGUAUUACAUUAGCGUAAGGAUUAAACUUCUGAAAUUUUUACGAUCAGGUUCACGGUCGUUUCUAGGAUAAGCCCGCGGAAUUUUCUAAAUGAUGUUCUCGAUCGCAGUCGUCAUCCGUUCCGUGCAACAAUCUCCGUUGAGAUCUUUGUUAUACAGCCAAGUUUGUGCAAUGAAGGAUCGGUCGCCCAACUCAACUAUGAUUAACUCUUCCUUUAUAGCUUCGAUCCGAUUGUAAUUUGGAAAGAGUCAGACCAUAGUCUGAUCAUAGCCAAUGAAACUGUGAAAAAUCUAUCGUUAAUUAAAGUCUGAUUCGAGGGUUCUCCUCAACUAUCCAAUCCGCUACAAGUGACCGCUGACUGCGCCCUCGACAUCGUCGAGUUAACAUCGUCACCCUCGCAUCGAUGGAGGUCGCUCGUACAAAGUGGUCCAGGUUACUGAUCAUCGUCGUAGAGCGCAAGAACAAGGAGGGCGUUCACGUGCGACAUGGGCCACGUAGAGGGAUUGACCGACCGAAAAAAGGAAAAUAAAAAAAAAAGAAAAAGAAAAGGACACUUUGUUAUAUAACCACGAAUACGUAAAGUCUUACUUAUCAGCAGUGGCGCGAUAAGAUGUUUACGACCGCGAGGAUAAGAGCUGCGUCGCCCGAAUGUGGGAAAUCUUUGAUAUUCCGUCACGAUCGAGGACCAAAUUCAUUUCCACCGUACGAUAAAUAUGCGUUUAUCUCGCCACGAAUGAUCCGAACAGGUUUACGGUGGAAGGAAGGGUGCUCAAUCUACCUGUAGCCGGUUACAAAGUAUUCUGCUUUUUCUGCUACUUUUCCGCGAUUCUGCGUUCCGCGAUGAUCAGUUGUGGUCGGUGACGUUUCAUCAUAUCGCACCGUUUAAUAUGUAAUUUCGUGUUCUUUCACAAAAAACCGAACUUGGCUAUUCGUGGAAGUUAGACGCUUCUUCACGAAUUCCUUUACGCUGCUGAAAAAGGAUUAAUGCACCGUGACUAAUUGUGUGAUUUAUAAGAUAUAUAUUAAAAUUUCAAUCUAGCACGUUUAAUCUUUAUCUUCACAGAUCGUAAGAGAUGACUGAAUUAUACAUAUAUUGUCAUUGAAUAAUUAUUUUCUAAUUAUUAAGCAUAUUGUGAUAUAUUGUCGCUCUUCGUGAGAGAGUUGUCAUUCUUUCGCGAGUAGUUCAAUUUCAUUUUAUUUAAGCGCAGUCCUUGCAUGAUAGAUAUUAUUUUACAAUUAUUAUUCAAUAAUAUAAAUUAUUCUAUUAUUCUAUUGAUGCAUAGAGACUGCCUGAAUCUUGGUCAUCAAGUAUUUACGAUUUGUGAAAAACACGCAUAUCUAAUGACUAAAUUAAUGAAAAUAUUCACAUGCUGAGAAAAUGAUUACCUGACCCAUGUGCUUUGUGACCGGUCAUGAAUGAUUGUUAGGGGAUCUCUGUUGUUAACGAUUUUAAUAGACAGUGAGUUGAGCGCGGCGUUUUUCAAUAAUUCCAACUCGUGAGAAUCAUAUGCCGUACAUGAAAGAAAUUGCUGUUAGAUUUUACAUACGAUGCGUUUUCCACUUAAAACCGACAUAUUCGUUUUGCUUUGAGGACGUCCCAUUGACCCAGAUAUCUGAAACAUUGAAAAAAUACGCCGGUUGAAUUUCGCUCCUGUAUCAUCGAUCAUCAAUUAUAUACGUUUGUAACAGACUCGUUUCAAGAGCAUCGUCCCCUUCAUAAAAUCAAAUCGCAUCCAGUAAUCCGUCGAUAAAUUACAGAUUAAUUUAGCACACAGGUAAUUAUCAUUAUUUCUUUUUUUCGGAGGAGAUAAGAGAAAAAAAAUGGUAAUCUCGAUCGCUCUCUCUCUAGCGUUGAAUUCAGGAUAUCUUACAUAGGUAUUUUGUAUAAAGAAUAGAAUAUGCGAGUUCCAUAAGAAGUUUUUCUGCGGAUCUUCUCCCUGGGCGUUUAAUCCGUUUAGUCUGUUCUUUUUGGAUGCGGCCUUCUACGCUUUUCCUCUUCCUUUUUUCUCUUUCCAAAGCGUAAACAUAUAGUUGCUUCGUUUUAAGUGCAGAAAGCGUGAAAAGGGCCGCAGCUAAUAAGAACAGAUCUAAAUAAUGAUGAAUCGAGAUGUAUCGCGACGGAGGAGGAUAUUGAUAAUUUCAUUGUCGAGUUACUUUGGUCCAGUCGGACGAGAUGCUGACGGAUCACCGCAAUCCCUAGAUGGGAGUUGCGCCUUAUGUUACAUACGUCCUUGUAUAUGUAUAUUGCUAAGUUCUUAAAUGUAUGUAUUCGGACUCAAUCAUUAUCUCGUCCCUCUUGCAUUCCUUAUUUAAGAAAACGUAUUUCGGCAGCGACACGAGCGGGCGAGUGUGUAAAAAAGAAAGAGAGAAAGAUAGAAAAAAAGAAUUUCUUUCCCCGAGGAAAGGCGCGUUUAACUCUUUCACUAUUUUAAACGAGAGUGAGUUAUUUAAGUCACGACGUACAGACGUGGCAUUUCUCUUUUGUGACGGGUCUUCUCGCGAGACCGAAUGAAGAAUCGAGACGCCGCCAGUGAGAGAGUUGAAAGCGGAAUUCGAGAUAGUGAUCGAGCCCCCGUUUAUUAGUUUUACACAUUCGCGAUCGAGAGGGACCGAUCCGAUAUCGAUCGCGACCGAAGGGCAUGAAGAAAGAGAAACUUAGGUAUUAUAAAAUCGAGUCGCGCGCGCACACACAGUUCUUCGCGGAUCAGCCGGAGAAACCGGAGCGGGCAGGAGCUUGAUCGACGCGUGGUCGACGAUUCGUCGAGAGGGGCGACUUCUUCGACGGGGGCGCGCGCCCGCAUAUUCGGAGCGGCGUCCACCCUCCCCAUCCACCCUCGCGUCCGGGCCCCCCUUCUCCUCCUUGUAAUUAAUUUACACACGCGUCGUAAUCAUUAUAACACACGCGUUCACACACGGGCUGUAAAACUCGCGCGGCAGACCUCACGCAUUCUACGGAUUCACGCAUGAUCUAUCGACAUAAUUAUAGAAAUACCUACUACGAGUAUAGUAUUCAGUAGCGUAAAAUAAUAAAGUAAUUAAAUAAAUGUCAUCUGUAUAUCCUA